UCGAUGUAAAUGACUGCGGUCUCAUUGGUCUAGACGCGGUCACAUGACACCUGAACAACGCGUUGCAUUUUUUACGAACUACUGACAACUUUCGCAGCGAGCAUCGACACCGUUGGACGACCACCAAUAAUGCCAGGCACAGUCAAACCUGUAGGAGGCUUCAAUCCUGGGGCUGCAGCAGAACAUCUUCGCAAUGCCAUGAAAGGCUUUGGCACAAAUGAAAGCAUUAUUAUAAAGGAACUGAGCAAGCAUAGUAAUGACCAGAGGCAACAGAUUGCUCUUGCCUUCAAAACUGCUUAUGGCAAGGAUCUGAUCGAUGACUUGAAGAGUGAACUAGGAGGAGACCUUGAGGAGGUGUGUAUAGCCCUUAUGACACCCCCAAGGACAUUUGAUGCUCGUCAAAUCAACAAGGCCAUUAAGGGAAUUGGAACAGAUGAGACUACUCUUGUGGAGAUACUGACAACUAGAACCAAUGCAGAGAUCAACGAAAUAAAGAAACGUUACAAAGAAGAAUUUGGAUGUGACUUGGAAGAUGAUCUGCAAAGUGAUACCAGUGGAUAUUUCAGCCGUCUGAUGGUUUCCUUGUGCGCGGCCGGACGUCAGUCUGAUGACUGGGGUGCUGAUGAGCAUAAAGCUGAAGAGGAUGCAAAAAGAUUCUUUGAGGCAGGAGAGGCUAGAUGGGGAACCGAAGAGGCAGAACUCAAUGCUAUCCUGUGCCUACGCUCACCAGGACAACUUAAGAAGAUGUUUGAGAGAUUUGAGCAUCUGACAGGCCACCCAAUUGAAGAGUCAAUUAAGUCUGAGUGCAGUGGAAGUCUACAGGAAGGGUAUCUUGCUAUAGUUGAGAGUGUGAAGAGCAAACCUCGGUACUUUGCACGCCGCCUGAAUGAGAGCAUGGCAGGCAUUGGAACAAAUGACAAUGACUUAAUUCGCAUCAUCGUCUCACGCUCAGAGAUUGAUUUGGAAGAUAUCAAGAAGGAGUUUGCCAGACUGUAUGGCAAAUCUCUUGCUGAAGCAAUUACAAGCGAGUGCAGUGGGGAUUACAAGAAAAUGCUGUUGUCUGUUCUGGACCCCAGCCAUAACUAGAGGGAGAAUGGACUUCUGUUACUCAAAACGCUUUGAGUUCUUCAAAGUAAAUCAGCUUACUUUGUUUUUUUGGCAGGGGGUUGCGUUCUUCUGUAGAUUUUGGAGAAUUUGGCUUCUUAUGCCAGCACAAUUAAAGAAAAGGGACACCAAAAGGAGGUGAAGAGGCAGUGAGAGUGAAGUCACAAUCUGGGAUUUGUGCAACAUCUAGCCGUGUUUGCUCCUGUAGUUAGGUGUAGUUGUCAGCUUCCAGCCAUGUUAUAGCUAGGAAUUCAAAGGUUUAAAAAUUUCAAAUAAUAAAGUACAAAAUAAAAUUCUUGUCUUGAAUAAUGUCCUAAAAUCUGUUUGCAUGUUGCAUAUGUGCUUGGCACAAUCUGUAUACAACUGUAAUUUUGGUCUUUAAUAAAAGUUCUGCCAACUGAGACAGUGGAGUCUCCAGCCAACCUUGAGAUAAAAACAGUUAGCUAUUGAGGAUAGAUGGUGUUAGGAGGUUGGAUUGAGAACUAAAUAGCAGGGAUUCAUUUAAUGUGUGCUUUUUCUUACAACAAAUUCCUCUCCCACACUACCUGAAAAAUGAUAAUGUGGGACUGCAGUUCAACAGCCAUACAGGGGAGUCAUUGUUUAUUUCUAACUUCAGUUAUGUAAUUAGCCUUAGCACGAAGUUUCUGUUCUGAAAGUACUUUUUAUAAUGGUUGAUUAUGUUGUGAUUGUUUUUGGAUUUGAACUUUGUGGCUUGCACAUUGGUACCCAAAUGCUAUGUUGGUAUGCAGUAACAGGUCCAUCAUAGGGCAUUUUUAUUAAAUCCUUGACUGAUCAGGUAUUUGCACUUAAUAAUUAAUGACCUUUAUUGAUCAUUAUUACAUCAUCUAUGCACAACAGUGCUGUACCACUGCUUUCUGCAUUGCCAAAAAUAGCUUGCCACUGAGAUACUGCUCUAAGCCAUCAAAGAAGGCAGCAGAGCAUGAAAUGUAAAAAAAAUCCUAAUUUAGUGCAAAACACAAGAUUUCUUCUUUACAAUACAGACUUUUCAAAGAGUUUCUGUAUACAUCCUGUUUCACUUCACAACCCAUUCCAUCCGAUUGCCAUACAAACACCAAUCUGCAAACCCUUUGCAGAAAACAUUGCUAUCUCCACAUCCACUUCAUUUUAUCAUCACUUUGUUUUAGCCUUUCUGCAGCUAUACCAUUGUAACCAUUUUAUGUCAUAUUUGUGUGGCCAGUUCUCCCCUCCCAUAUUUUACAUCCUGUAUUUGAUUGAGGUAUUUUUAGUUUUAUGUCAUAGCAAAAAUGUGACAGCCACUUACAGCUUUAAACAUAAAUACACGAGACAGUUUCAUGUUGCAACAUAGAGAAAUUUUAGCUAAAGAAAGUUUUGUGUAUUUCACUUUAAGAUUAAUAUUCUGCCUAUAUCUUUGAUAUUUAAAAAAGAAUAUCUGAAACACAACAACAGCCUUUUCUUUAUCUAGUGACUUAGCAAUGAAAGAUUUAACACCAAAGGUUGUCUAACCCUGACCUGUGGUGAUGUUUGGCUUUAGGCAUCUUCAGAUUUUUACAGUUAAUAAAAAAUGUAUUUAAAAAUUGC